GAAGAUUAACUUCCGAAUAUUUAGUAGAUAUGUAUUCGCGUGUUGAAGAAGAAUGCCUAAAUUAUAUUUUAAACGAAAAAAAGCGUCUUAAUAAAGAAAGAAACCAACAAAGACAACCUAAUGUCAAAAAAGACUUCGAAAAUAAAGAUAACCAAGAUGAAAGUGAUCUGCGGCUUUCUGCUUCAUUUUUAGGCUCAAAAAAAUGGUAUUCUGUUUAUGUUGCAAAUGCACUUGCUCUAGCGCGCUGCAGAGAAAAACCGAGCUUCUUUAUAACUAUAACUACUAAUCUGAAUUGGGAAGAAAUAAAAUUACAACUCCGGACUCCCUAUGCUCAUAUUGUUAUGAGUGUUAACCCUAAACUUCCGGUUGACCAAAUUGACAAGAUAAUAUUUGCAGAAUUAUCUCGUGAAAACAUACAACUGAGAGAGUUAAUCAAAAAAUUUAUGCUUCAUAAACAAAAUCAUUCAUCAAGAUGCCUUCGCAAUAGAGCCUCAAAUAUUUCACAAUAUUCAUGCUUACAAAAUAUAUCAUCCACCACAUCACUUCUGACCCAUUAUCUUCUUCGCCCACUUGAUUCACUUUUCAAUAACCUUAAAUAUACAGAAUAUUAUGAACAAUUUAUAUUGUACCCCUUUAAACAAGAAGAAUUCAAGGACAGAGAUUUUCUGAAACAAGAACAACCUCAAAUACCAAGAAAAAUUGUAAGAAAGCGCACCACAGACAAAAUUACCCGAAUAGUGUUGAUAUCAUCUGAAGCUAGCCUUAGAACCAUCAAUGGAAUUACAUAUCGUACAUAUCAAGAAACUGCCUGUGAAAUGGGCUUAUUUACUGUAGAUAAUGAAGGUAUAUUUGCUAUGAAAGAAGCAAUAGAAAACUUCUAUACUCCAGCAAAACUGUACAUACAAGAACAAUUUCCCCAUAAUAAUUGCCUAACUAACAAUAUCACACUACAAAAAAUUGCUUAUAUGAUUACGGAAUACAGACGACAUAUACGAGAUUUCAGACUACCAGAACCACAAAUACUAACACAAGAAAUAGCAUUAGAACUUCAACAUAGAAAAGCAAAGCAAGAUAAAACAUUUUUAAUUAAUGCUAUCUGCCAUGCUAUUAGAGCUGAAAGUAAGAUUGUUUUGCCCUGUGGAACCACUGCUCUAGCAGCUCAGUUAUAUGAAGGAGAACGUACAGCAUACUCAUUAUUUCAUAUACCUGUAGAAGAAUAUAAU